UUGUUAUUGUUCAUCAUGCCUGUACAGUUCACCAUUCACAUACAGUUUAUCGACUAUGAGACGGACUUUCUGCCCUUUUUGCCUAAAGGAGUUCAUAACUGGAACUAACUUACGACGCCUUUCAACAACCUCGGCGGGAUAUUGGCUUGUCAUGAAGAACCGGGUGCCUUUCAACUUUUUAGACAGGGCAAGCACUUCAUCUUUUCCCUUGGAGCUAGCGAACUUUACGACCAUAGGUCUUGGUUUACCUUGCUCCUUUCGCUGUCCUAGUCUAUGUGCCCGCUCAAGUUGGAUCUUUCUUGCCGUUUCGUCAGGAAAGUCCUGACGAGGGUCUCCGCCGCACCUUAUUACGGCCUGCUUGUGUCCCCCGGCCAUGGCACAGCAGGACAGAGCUGCCAAGAAGGACCCCAUGAUGGCCACUCUGAACUCUCAUUUCACUGUGGGGUCAGAGGACAACUCAGAGGAUGAGGGAAAGACUGACAUACAGCUGGAAGACAAGGAUGCUCGUUCCAUUUCACCAUCAUCUGGGAGCUCAGACAGCACGUACGAAAUGGGCUUUGACCAAGUGGACCUUCAAAAUCUAAGGCCGAGCAUGUCAGGCUUACAUCUGGUGAAACACAGCAGAGAUCGUAGACGCAUUGAUUUACAAAGGGACUUCACCGUUGCUUCUCCUGCUGAAUUUGUCACUCGCUUUGGUGGCAACAAAGUUAUAGAAAAGGUGCUUAUUGCUAAUAAUGGAAUUGCAGCAGUCAAGUGCAUGAGGUCUAUUCGUCGCUGGGCCUAUGAGAUGUUCCGUAAUGAAAGAGCUAUUCGUUUUGUGGUGAUGGUGACCCCAGAGGACCUCAAAGCUAAUGCAGAGUAUAUCAAAAUGGCAGAUCAUUAUGUGCCUGUGCCUGGAGGGACCAACAACAAUAACUAUGCCAACGUUGAACUCAUUCUGGACAUUGCAAAGCGGAUACCUGUUCAGGCUGUAUGGGCUGGCUGGGGUCAUGCCUCAGAAAAUCCCAAACUUCCAGAGCUGCUUUCUAAGAAUGGCAUUGCUUUCAUGGGUCCCCCAAGUCAGGCAAUGUGGGCUCUAGGAGACAAAAUAGCUUCCUCCAUUGUAGCUCAGACUGCUGGCAUCCCAACCCUGCCCUGGAGUGGGACAGGUCUUACUGUAGAGUGGACAGAGAACUGCCAAAAGAAAAAGCUCAUUAAUGUCCCGCAUGAACUGUAUGAACUUGGCUGCAUUCAGGAUGUAGAGGGUGGACUAAAGGCUGCAGAUAAAAUUGGGUACCCUUUGAUGAUCAAAGCCUCUGAAGGAGGUGGAGGAAAAGGCAUUCGUAAAGUCAACAUAGAGGAUGAUUUCCCUAAUCUCUUCAGACAGGUACAAGCCGAAGUUCCAGGGUCACCUAUAUUUGUCAUGCAGCUUGCUAAGCACGCCAGACAUUUGGAAGUCCAGAUCCUUGCAGAUCAAUACGGCAAUGCAAUUUCUCUGUUUGGUAGAGACUGUUCAGUGCAGCGGCGGCACCAAAAAAUCAUAGAAGAAGCUCCUGCUACUAUUGCAACCCCAGAUGUCUUUGAAGAUAUGGAAAAGUGUGCUGUAAAGCUGGCUAAAAUGGUGGGGUAUGUGAGUGCGGGUACAGUGGAAUAUCUCUACAGUCAAGAUGGCAGCUUUUACUUCCUUGAGCUCAACCCUCGUCUUCAGGUGGAACAUCCCUGUACGGAGAUGGUGGCGGAUGUAAAUCUCCCUGCAGCACAACUCCAGAUUGCCAUGGGAAUUCCUCUUCACCGAAUCAAAGACAUCCGGAUGCUUUAUGGGGUCCAUCCAUGGGGAGAUUGUCUGAUUGACUUUGAGGGUCUGUCCACUGCCCCUUCACCAAGGGGACAUGUCAUUGCUGCACGUAUCACCAGUGAAAACCCAGAUGAGGGAUUCAAGCCUAGCUCUGGAACAGUACAAGAACUCAAUUUCCGUAGUAACAAAAAUGUGUGGGGCUACUUCAGUGUGGCAGCUGCUGGUGGGCUACAUGAGUUUGCUGAUUCUCAGUUCGGACAUUGUUUCUCAUGGGGAGAGAAUCGUGAAGAGGCCAUCUCUAACAUGGUGGUGGCUCUAAAGGAAUUGUCCAUCAGAGGAGACUUCAGAACAACCGUAGAAUACCUCAUCAAGUUACUAGAGACUGAAAGUUUUCAACAGAACAGUAUUGACACAGGCUGGCUUGACCGGCUCAUUUCAGAGAAGAUGCAGGCAGAACGACCUGACACCAUGCUUGGAAUUGUGAGUGGUGCACUUCAUGUAGCGGAUGUUAACUUGAGAAAUAGUGUGUCCAACUUUCUGCAUUCACUUGAGAGGGGUCAAGUGUUACCUGCCCACACGCUGCUCAACACUGUGGAUGUAGAACUCAUCUACGAGGGCAUUAAAUACGUUCUGACAGUGACGCGUCAGUCUCCAAACUCCUAUGUGGUGAUUAUGAACAACUCCUGUGUUGAGGUGGACGUUCACAGGCUCAGUGAUGGAGGGCUGCUGUUGUCCUAUGAUGGCAGCAGUUACACCACCUACAUGAAAGAAGAAGUGGAUAGGUAUCGAAUUACUAUCGGAAACAAGACUUGUGUUUUUGAGAAAGAGAAUGAUCCUUCACUGUUGCGAUCUCCUUCUGCUGGAAAACUCAUUCAAUACACUGUUGAAGAUGGUGGCCAUGUUUUCUCUGGGCAGUGCUAUGCAGAAAUAGAGGUUAUGAAGAUGGUGAUGACCCUUACUGCUUCAGAGUCUGGCUGUAUACACUACGUAAAAAGGGCUGGAGCAGCACUGGAGCCAGGCUGUGUCAUUGCCAAACUACAGUUGGAUGACCCAAGCAGAGUUCAACAGGCUGAGCUGUAUACUGGGACAUUACCUUCAAUCCAGGCAGUGGCUUUAAGAGGAGAAAAGCUCCACAGAGUCUUCCACAACACACUGGAUCACCUGGUUCACAUUAUGAAUGGUUUUUGUCUCCCUGAGCCUUUCUUUGGCACCAAGUUGAAAGAGUGGGUUGAACGGCUAAUGAAAACAAUGCGUGAUCCAUCUUUGCCGUUGUUGGAGCUCCAGGACAUCAUGACCAGUGUGUCAGGGCGCAUUCCUCCUGCUGUGGAGAAGGCCAUCAAGAAGGAGAUGGCUCAGUAUGCCAGCAACAUAACAUCUGUGCUCUGCCAGUUUCCCAGUCAACAGAUUGCAAAUAUUCUUGACAGCCACGCUGCCACCCUCAACAAAAAAUCAGAGAGAGAAGUCUUCUUCAUGAACACCCAGAGCAUUGUCCAGUUGGUUCAAAAGUAUCGCAGUGGAAUCCGAGGUCAUAUGAAGGCAGUGGUGAUGGAUUUGCUCAGACAAUAUUUAAAAGUAGAAAUCCAGUUUCAAAACGGACAUUAUGACAAGUGUGUGUUUGCUUUGAGGGAGGAAAACAAAGGUGACAUGGCCAAUGUGCUCAACUACAUCUUCUCUCAUGCACAAGUCACCAAAAAGAACCUACUGGUCACUAUGCUCAUAGACCAGCAGUGUGGCCCUGAUCCCACACUGACGGAUGAGCUGAUGACGAUAUUGACGGAACUAACACAACUUAGCAAAACUACCAAUGCCAAAGUGGCACUGCGUGCUCGCCAGGUCCUCAUAGCUUCACAUCUACCAUCAUAUGAGCUUCGACACAACCAAGUGGAGUCCAUUUUCCUGUCUGCCAUCGACAUGUAUGGACACCAGUUCUGCAUAGAGAACCUUCAGAAACUGAUCUUGUCAGAGACCUCCAUCUUUGAUGUUCUGCCUAACUUUUUCUACCACAGUAAUCAGGUGGUAAGGAUGGCUGCUCUAGAGGUUUAUGUGCGAAGAGCCUAUAUUGCUUAUGAGCUCAACAGUGUCCAGCACAGACAACUGAAGGAUAACACAUGUGUAGUAGAGUUCCAGUUCAUGCUCCCCACCUCCCAUCCAAACAGAGGGAACAUCCCCACUCUAAACAGGAUGUCAUUCUCGUCCAAUCUCAACCACUACGGCAUGGUACAUGUGGCCAGUGUCAGUGACGUUCUGCUAGACUCAUCCUUUACUCCUCCAUGUCAACGGAUGGGAGCAAUGGUGUCCUUCCGCAGCUUCCAGGAGUUCACAAAGAACAUUACAGAUGUGUUGAGCUGUUUUUCUGACUCUCCACCACCAAGUCCAACAUUUCCAGAGGGAGGUAAUCCAGUGCUAUAUGGUGAAGAAGACAACAAGAGCAUUCAAGAUGAGCCAAUCCACAUUCUGAAUGUUGCCAUAAAGACGGACAGUGACAUUGACGAUGAUGGUCUGGCAGCCAUGUUCCGGGAGUUCACUCAGUCCAGGAAAUCCGUGCUGUUUGAACAUGGCAUCCGCAGACUGACGUUCCUUGUUGCCCAGAAAGAUUUCAGGAAGCAAAUCAACUAUGAGGUGGACCAAAGAUUUCAUAGAGAAUUCCCAAAGUUCUUCACAUUCCGUGCCAGAGACAAGUUUGAAGAGGACAGGAUUUAUCGUCACUUGGAGCCAGCUCUUGCCUUCCAGUUGGAGCUUAAUCGCAUGCGUAAUUUUGCACUGACCGCUAUCCCAUGUGCCAAUCAUAAGAUGCAUUUGUACCUGGGUGCAGCCCGGGUAGAAGUGGGUGCAGAGGUCACAGAUUACCGCUUCUUUGUGCGAGCUAUCAUUCGACAUUCUGAUUUGGUCACAAAGGAGGCCUCUUUUGAGUACCUCCACAAUGAGGCAGAGCGGCUGCUACUUGAAGCCAUGGAUGAACUUGAAGUAGCAUUUAACAACACAACUGUGCGAACGGACUGCAACCAUAUCUUUCUCAAUUUUGUGCCCACUGUCAUUAUGGACCCCUCAAAGAUUGAAGAGUCUGUUCGCUCUAUGGUGAUGCGAUAUGGCAGUCGACUGUGGAAGCUGCGUGUCCUUCAAGCCGAGCUGAAAAUAAACAUCCGCCUGACGCCAACUGGAAAACAGAUCCCCAUUCGGCUGUUUCUGACCAAUGAAUCGGGCUAUUACCUGGACAUCAGCCUCUAUAAGGAGGUCACUGACUCUAGGACGGGACAGGUGGGGCCCAAAGAUGGUCAGAUUAUGUUUCAAGCAUAUGGAGAUAAACAAGGUCCGCUGCAUGGGAUGCUGAUCAACACGCCGUAUGUGACCAAAGAUCUGCUGCAGUCCAAGAGGUUCCAGGCACAGUCUCUGGGCACCACCUACGUCUAUGAUUUCCCUGAAAUGUUCCGACAGGCUUUAAAAAAGUUGUGGCAGCAAACCCAGAAUUUUGCCAAUUUACCCAAACCCCCUCUACCGUCUGAGAUGUUGACGUUCACAGAGCUAGUGCUGGAUCCACAGGGCCAGCUGGUGCAGAUGAACAGACUUCCAGGAGGCAAUGAGAUUGGAAUGGUUGCCUGGAGGAUGACCCUGCGUACUCCAGAGUACCCUGGAGGCCGUGAGAUUAUUGUCAUAAGUAAUGACAUCACACACAAGAUUGGCUCUUUCGGACCCCAGGAGGACAUGCUGUUUCUGAGAGCAUCGGAAAUGGCACGAGAGAGUGGCAUUCCGCGCAUCUACAUCGCCGCCAACAGCGGAGCUCGGAUCGGCCUGGCAGAGGAGAUACGGCACAUGUUCCACGUAGCCUGGCAAGAUCCUGAUGACCCAUAUAAGGGUUUCAAGUAUCUGUACCUAACACCACAAGAUUACAAAAAGGUUUCCGCUCUAAACUCGGUGCACUGUGAACAUGUGGAAGAUGAGGGAGAAUCCAGGUACAAGAUCACAGACAUCAUUGGGAAGGAUGAGGGGCUCGGUGUGGAGAAUCUCAAAGGCUCAGGGAUGAUUGCUGGAGAGUCGUCUCUAGCCUAUGAAGAGGUUAUUACUAUGAACCUGGUCACGUGUCGGGCCAUAGGGAUUGGGGCCUAUCUGGUGAGGCUUGGGCAGAGAACUAUUCAAGUGGACAAUUCACAUAUUAUCUUAACUGGAGCCGGGGCACUCAACAAGGUGCUGGGCAGAGAAGUGUACACAUCCAACAACCAGCUUGGUGGAAUUCAGAUCAUGCAUAACAAUGGCGUGACUCACUGCACAGUAUGUGACGACUUUGAGGGAGUCUUCACCCUUCUACAAUGGUUGUCCUAUAUGCCAAUGUGUAAAACAAGCCCAGUACCUGUCAUCGCUGCCAAAGACCCUAUAGAUCGCCCAGUGGAUUUUGUUCCUACUAAAGCUCCCUAUGACCCUCGCUGGAUGUUGGCAGGGCGUCCUAGCCAGUCACCAAAGGGCUCCUGGCAAAAUGGCUUUUUCGAUCACGGCUCCUUUAUGGAAGUCAUGCAACCUUGGGCACAGAGUGUUGUGGUGGGCAGAGCAAGACUAGGAGGAAUACCAACUGGAGUGGUAGCAGUUGAAACUAGAUCAGUGGAAUUGUCCAUCCCUGCUGAUCCAGCCAACCUGGACUCCGAAGCCAAGAUAAUUCAGCAGGCGGGACAAGUGUGGUUCCCUGAUUCUGCCUUUAAAACAGCCCAGGCCAUCAAGGACUUCAACAGGGAGGGCCUACCUCUAAUCGUAUUUGCUAACUGGAGGGGAUUUUCUGGAGGAAUGAAAGACAUGUACGACCAGGUGCUGAAGUUUGGAGCUUACAUUGUGGAUGGCCUUAGAGAAUACAUGCAGCCGGUGCUGGUGUACAUCCCUCCACAGGCAGAACUGAGGGGGGGCUCAUGGGUGGUCAUUGACCCCACCAUCAACCCUCGCCACAUGGAGAUGUAUGCAGACAAGGAUAGUCGUGGAGGAGUGCUGGAGCCUGAGGGAACAGUGGAGAUCAAGUUUAGGAGGAAAGAUCUUGUGAAGACCAUGAGACGAGUAGACCCUAUUUAUAUGAGCCUGGCUGAACGACUAGGAACUCCAGAGCUGAGCCCUCCUGAUCGUAAAGAACUGGAGACCAAGUUGAAGGAGCGUGAGGAGUUUCUGUUGCCCAUCUAUCACCAAGUGGCUGUGCAGUUUGCAGAUCUUCAUGAUACUCCCGGACGCAUGCAAGAAAAAGGUGUUAUUACGGACAUACUUGAAUGGCAGACCUCUCGUCAGUUCUUCUAUUGGCGUCUGCGUCGGCUGUUGCUGGAGGACACAGUGAAAAGAAAGAUCCAUCUGGCCAACACAGAGCUGACGGACGGACAAAUCCAGGCCAUGCUGCGGCGCUGGUUUGUGGAGGCUGAAGGGGCUGUGAAGGCCUAUCUAUGGGACAACAAUGAGGAGGUAGUGAUCUGGCUGGAGAAACAGCUGACUGAGGAAGAGGGGGCCCGCUCUGUCAUCGAUGAGAACAUCAAAUACAUCCGCCGAGACCAUAUUCUCAAACAGAUCCGCAGCCUUGUCCAAGCCAAUCCUGAAGUUGCCAUGGAUUCCAUCGUUCACAUGACUCAGCACAUCUCCCCGACCCAAAGAGCCGAGGUGGUGCGGAUCCUGUCCACGAUGGAAUCAGCCUCAUCCUAACAGGAGCGAAUCUCUGUCCCCUUAUCGUUCCCCCCUGGACUAAAUUCUGUUUCUGAGUAUGGAGGAGCCAACAUGAAGUCCUGAGCAGUUUUCUGGUUACUAAUGAACUGUUGGCUGUGAUCCCCAAAUAUCUUAAAUUCACUUGAACAAAAGUUCUGAAAUCUAUUGUAGAGAAUAGAGAUUGAUAAAAGUACAGUGCAGGGCAGUGCACUGGUAAUGCUCAUGAGCAGGAAUAAAGGGUGAUCCGCAUUUUUCUGAUAAAUGUGCUGUAGCUAAAUUCUUGUAAAGAAAAAGGCUGGAUCCAAUGCAUCCAAUGAUACAAUGCAAAGUACAUCACACUUGAUGCUUAUGGAGCUGAAUAUUGGACAAGUGACUAUUUUAGGCUGGGCGAUAUGGCAAUGAAAUCGAAUCAUGAACUAUUCCUUUUGUCAAUGUGCAAUUUUGAAGAUGUUGUCAUGUUUUGAUUCAAUAACUCACAUUUUCCUACCCACUCCUCGUACUGGUCAGCUUCUGUAUUGGUUUGAGUGACUGACAGGAUUUAAAGAAUAACAGCGAAGAGUUAACUCUCAAGAGCAGGAUGACAUUAUUAAAAUGAAAUUAUGAUCUGGCAUUAAGAAAAUUGUGAUCAUAUUUUUUGGCAUAUCGCCCAUCCCUAUGACUUCUACAAAUGUAUCUAUGUCUAUGUCUGAUUAGUGUAUUUUGUACAUGUAAGAGCUACCAAUAACUGUCAGUGUCUAGAAAGAUUAUAGCCUAGGAUAUUUUUUGGAUUUGAUAAUCAGCUGCCUUGUUUUUUUAAAUAUGCAGUUCAGAUAAUGACUUCGGCACUACUUUGGUUUUUGACAUACGCUUGCUCUAGACUGGCAAGCGCUUUGAUGACCGACGAAUCGACAAAAGGCAACACAUUUUCCUGAGGGCGUUGGCGAGAAAAAAGGGAAUUUUAACAAUCAAGCAGGGAGCACUUAGUUACUGAAGAAAGACGAGGAACACUAUAAUGGAGUUGGACAGGACAGCCCAGCAGGGAGUAGGGAAGCGUCUCUUUUUAGACCAGGGGCUUGUGGAGGUUUCCCUGCAGUGAGCCAUGGGCAGCACGCCACACAACAAAACCACAGCUGCCCCUUCUGUUCACACUCAAACAGUUCACAUAUGCUGCACUUUACCGUCAUGUUUCCGCACACUACGCCUCACUCACGCAUCUGAUGAAUAGAAUUACACGCACAAAGUCAUAGUUGUAACAAGGAAGGUGCAAAGUGAGGCCACGCUCUUGGUAAACACCUGACUCUAUAGGGUAUUUUAACUUAAUUUAUAUUAUAGACUUGUCAUCGUUAAAGGUGCAAUGUGUAACUUCUCUGGACAGGGUCUCCAUGGAGAUGUUAAUGCUUUGGUUUAAAUUGUCCACAGUAUGGUAUUAAACAAAUCUCUCGUGCAUUUAUUCAACUACAGGUGUUAUUCUUUGCUCUAAAAUAUUUGAAAAAACAUCCAUUCUUACUGUGAGUGGAGUUAACUCUCCACAAAUCUAACCUGUAAUUUGGCUUGCAAGUCUCCAUGAAGAUUUAUAAGUUUACAGUUAUAAAUCAACUUUUCUUUGGAUUUAAAUCAAGGUGGCAUGCCCCCUCCAGAAAGUUACGUGAUACGAUGUGUCAAAAUGUAUUGGUAUUGAUAAUAAUUCAAAAAAUGUUAAUAUUAGGUAACACUUUAUAAUAUCUACACUUUUAAUAGCCUUAAAAAGCAUGAGUAAAAACAAAAUUCACAAUGAACAAAGACAUUAUUAAGCAACUACUACUCUAACUACUAAGCCCAUAAUGAAGUAGUUGCUUACCCAGAAUCACUCUUAAUAAACUAUUUGUUCAUUCUAAAUUUGUUCAUGCAUUAUUAAGGCAAUUAAGGUGUAGUUAAAAGUGCACUAUGUAACUUUUUGGUUGGGGGUCCUCCACCUGCUUGUUUCUAUAGAUAUGUCAUUGCUCUGCCUGGAAUGCUCCACAGUAUGACAUUCAACCGCUCUACCUUACAUUUAUUAAAUUACAGGUGGGUUUAUGGCUCAAAAAUACUUAGAAAAACAAGCAUUUGGACUGUAAGUGGCAUUGCCUCUCCACAGAUCUGACCUGUAACUUGGUCUGGUUUGGUCUUCAUGAAGACAGAAAGUUACCAUACUGUGAAACAAUCCAUUACCAUGGAGAAAAGCAUUUGACGGACUGUCCACCAGAAAAGUUACACAAUGCCUCUUUAAGUAGUACCUCAUAUUUUGAUAACAUUAUCUGUAGUUUCCAGUCUCUGAAUUUACGAUUUAAGUUUUUAAAAGAUUUAUUUACCUCUGUUAGUUUCUUUGGAUGUUUUAGGGUAAUUGUUUUGGGUUUGAGUGUAAAGGUUUGUGUGAAAGAACAAAAGUUACUUCUUAUUCAGCGUUACUUGUCUUAAAAUUUAACAAAUUUAAAUGUAACAUAUGAAUGAUCUAUUUAAUGUAUAUGCAAUGUUACUUAUUUUUAUGAUAACUUUUCUAAUUGCAAAUUCCUUCCCCUGUUUGACUAACUGAAAAGGCAAGUUAAUAAUUGUUGUAAUUUUCAGGCUUUUUAGGGUACAUAAUGGUGAGAGUGCACAAACCAUGUGAAUGCUUCCUAUAGUGCUGUGCCUUUAAUUUCUUGUAUUGAGUCCAGUUGCUUUGUAUUUGACUGGACUUUUCUUGUGUAGAAUGAGAGUUAUCAACCGUAACCUCAACAGUGACCUCUAAAUGUGUUUCAGAAAAUAAAUCCUAUGUAAUUUAA